GAGCAUUUGUCAUGAAAACCUCUUUUGGGUAAUCAGUGUUCUUAUUGCUUAUUAUAAUAAGAUACGACCACAUAGUAAACGUGUUUAACCAGUGGUUCUCUUCCUGUAUAAUAUAUUGAUGUAUACAUUCCUCUUUAUAGAAUUUAUGACUUGAAUUAUAGCAAAGCUUUGGAACUAUGGAACCCAAUUUCUCUAUAUAUUCAACACUUCUGACUAUGGAGUCUCUGGACAUACUUCCAUCUAACAUUAUCCCAGCCUUUCUAUUUGGAACUUUUACCUAUUGUGCUAUCUUGUUCUUCAAUUUUACUGUAUUGCUAACUAUUGCUUUUAACAGGAAACUCCAUAAGCCAAUGUGUAUCCUGUUGUUUAAUUUGCCGAUUAAUGACAUUGUAGGCACCACAGCCUUUUUUCCUCAUCUGCUGUUCAGUAUAUUAUCUCAGAAUAGAUCAAUCACCUACUCUGCUUGUUUUGUACAAGCUUUACUAAUACAUUUCUAUGGAGCUGGGUCAUUUCUUAUUCUCACUGCUAUGGCUUACGACAGAUAUAUUGCCAUUUGUUGCCCAUUGAAAUAUAACACCUUGAUGUCUCCCAGUAACCUGUGGAAAAUAAUCAUCAUAAUGUGGUGUCUAGACUUCACUAUGAUCGGUUUAGCAUUCGCACUGAACUUUCGCAAGGACAUUUGCAGCACAACAAUCGUCGAUAUGUUCUGCAAUAACCCGUCCUUGAUGAAGCUUAUAUGUGGAGACGCAAGAUUGAGUAACUUCUAUGGACUUUUUACGGUAGCAUUUUUUCAAGGACUUCCUCUGCUAAUUGUGAUAUUCACAUACAUCCAAAUCUUAAUUACCGUCGUCUAUAAAAGGCAGUCUGAUGCUAAAAGUAAGGCAAUUCAGACCUGUGGAACUCAUCUGGUUGUCUUUCUGUGCUUGGAAUUUAAUGUACUCUUUACCUUGAUUGCCCACAGAUUUGAGGCAGCAUCACCAAACCUAAGAAGGGCCCUAGGUGCCUCUGUUAUGAUAUUUCCUCCUAUACUUAACCCGCUAAUUUAUGGACUGAAAACUAAAGAAAUACGACAUUGUUUAAUAUUCCUCUCCAAGAGGAAGGUUUCUCUAACAAAAAACAAUUCAGUUCAGUAAAUAAAGAACACUGACCUUUUUUGUGUUGUCUGAAACUGACCAAUGGACCAAUGGAGCUUUCCAAGUACUCUUACUUCCAUGCUAAAGGAAGGAAAUCUCAUAAAUAUGUAAAUAUGAGUCUAAACGUAAAUUCUACAGAGUUAGAACAUGUUUGAACCAUAUUUCUGCAAUGUAUUAUCACAAAUAUAUAAAGGUACAAUGGUACAACCAGUAAGGAUCUAAAAUCAUGAACAACACAAUCCAGCUCUCUUUUUUCUUUAUUAUUGCAUAAAUAAGAACACAUUUUCAGCUGUACAUAA